UCUUUUAGAAUCCCUGCCGGCGGACACGAUGUCUACAUUGCGCUAUGAAAUAGAUGACAGCCUCGAUGGUGGCAUUCAGCAGCAACCAGCAACAUCCGGUUGCAAAAGUGCGCUGAAUGCUGCUCCAGGCGAUGAGCUGUUCAACAACAUGAUGGGUGCCGACUUUAGCAUAAGAAAGCGUCGCGUAUGGGCCCCGGAGGAAGUGUCACUCGCAUCCGAAGAUAUCGAUUUGCUGGACGAUGAUGAUGAUCUAGAGGAGGAGGAGGACGAUGGCGUAGGAUGCCCGUUACCAUCGACGCCGGAAGAUAAUCAGCUGCUCGAGGCAGAAAUGACGGAAGUGCUGAAGGCCGGCGUCCUCUCGGAUGAAAUUGAUCUUGGUGCAUUGGCCCACAAUGCGGCCGAACAGGCGGAAGAGUUUGUGCGCAAGGUGUGGGAAGCGUCGUGGAAGGUUUGUCACUUUAAAAACCUGCCGGCCUGGCUACAGGACAACGAUUUCCUACACAAAGGACACCGGCCACCGUUGCCUUCGUUCAGCGCUUGCUUCAAAUCGAUCUUUCGCAUACACACCGAAACUGGUAACAUCUGGACGCAUUUGUUGGGCUGUGUGAUGUUUAUCGGUGUGGCCGCAUACUUCCUGACGCGCCCGUCGUUCGAAAUUCAGCUGCAGGAGAAGCUUAUCUUCCUUACGUUCUUCAUCGGUGCGAUCAUUUGUCUAGGAUUUUCGUUCGCGUUCCACACGCUGUGCUGUCACUCGGAGAUGGUUGGCAAACUGUUUUCAAAACUUGAUUACUGCGGCAUCGCUCUCCUCAUCAUGGGUUCGUUCGUACCUUGGCUUUACUAUGGGUUUUACUGCCACUACAAACACAAGCUGAUCUACCUGACCGUAGUCAUUGUGCUCGGCAUAACUUCGAUCAUUACUUCGCUGUGGGAUAAGUUUUCGCAACCAAAUUUGAGACCGCUUCGUGCAGGAGUUUUUAUGAGCUUUGGUUUAUCCGGAAUUAUCCCCGCUAUACAUUAUGUUCUGAUGGAAGGAUGGUUUAGCAAAAUUUCUCAAGCAAGUCUGGGCUGGCUUAUACUGAUGGGACUGCUGUAUAUUCUUGGCGCCCUCUUCUAUGCCUUGCGCGUCCCGGAACGGUGGUUCCCGGGCAAGUGUGACAUUUGGUUCCAAUCGCACCAGAUCUUCCAUGUGCUUGUGCUGGUGGCCGCGUUCGUGCAUUACCACGGUAUAAGUGAAAUGGCAAUGUAUCGGGUAACGGUCGGUGAAUGCGAUAUUCCUCAUCAGCAUCCCGCUAUCAGCUUCUAAACAUGCUAACUCAUGGUAAGCGAGCGAGCGUAACAACAAGCAACAUCGAGCCCAACAUCCGAUUCCUAAACCGAUUGAUGGAACAUGUUUUACAUCACACACACACACACACAAACGCUCAUACAAAGAUACACA